CAUUCCCCUAAGUGUGCUGGACAGACAAGAACAACCUUAGGGGUGUUCGGAGAGACCCCAAGCUCAGUGGAAGCGACCUAGAGGGUGCUGCCGAGGAAGGGUACAAGCAGGGUGGGGUGUAGUGGGGUGAACCAAUGCAAGAUUGCAGGGUCAGGACCAGGGCAGAGGGACCAGACCAGUCACCUAACUCCUGCCCUGCGCCUCUAGUGUCUGAAGUCGGCCCUUCCUAACGCCUCUUCACACACACCCCCCAUACACCCCCCAUUUAGGUCACCAGCUGGGAAGGGCUGAGCUGUCGCCCAGAGGUAGGGGAAGAGUAAAUGGUCUUAGGGUCUGCCCCUCUGGCUUCCACUCGGUUGCAAUUCCGUCCAGGGCUGGUCUUGCCUUUCUCCUUCCCCCAGCGGCCAGCCGGUUCCUCCCCGGCGCCCCCUCCCCCCGGAAAAGCCCUGCUGCGUGUACCCGCUUCACUCCUGCACGCCGACCUCCCAGCUGCUGUCCUGCCUCCUCGGACUCCUCCACGGUUCCCGGUCCAGCCCCCUCAGCCCCCCACUGCCUCAGCUCGGCCAGGGGAUUCACCCGGGCCGCGCCCCCCAAGUCUCCCAGGAGACGCCCUUUUGCAGAGCGCCCGGGACUUGCUGAAACUUUGCAGGCGCCCGCGGCGAAAUGGGUUUCAUCCGAGGCUCCUUGCUCGGGCUCUGGCUCCUGGCUUCCAGCCUCGGACUCCGCGCUUCGCCCGGGGAAGCAGCAAGCCGAAAGCCAGGCAAGAUGGGGCCUCUUGACAUCACCCUGGACGCAGUGAACUGUACAGCUUUUAGCAUCCAGUGGAAAAUGCCCAGGCAUCUGGGGAGUCCCAUCUUGGGGUUCACUGUUUUUUACUCUGAGGUCAAUGGAGACAACUCCCUGCAGGAGCAGUCCCAUAGUGUGCGGCUCAGCCAGGAUGCCCUGGCCACCGGACAAUCUCAUAACCAGGUGAUUUUGGAGGAAGUGAUUGGAGACUUGAAACCAGGCACUGAAUAUCAAGUGAGCGUAGCAGCUUACGGCAAGACCGGCAAAAGGCGGCUCAGCUUUCCUCAGCACUUUAUCACUUUGCCCCAAGAUUCUUGCCUGCCUCCAACAGCACCCCAGCAGCCCCACGUCACUGUGGUUUCUGAGUCUGAGGUGGCCCUGUCUUGGAAACCCGGAGAGAGUGAAGGAAGCUCCCCUAUUCAGUAUUAUUCUGUGGAAUUCAUCAGGCCAGAUUUCGACAAGAGUUGGACCUUAAUCCAAGAGAAUAUCCAGAUGGACUCCAUGGUUAUCAAGGGUCUCGAUCCAGAUACCAACUACCAGUUUGCUGUGAGGGCCAUGAAUCCCCAUGGGCCCAGCUCCCGCAGCCGGCCCAGUGACACCAUCCGUACCUCCCGUCCCCAAGAAGAAGGAAGUGGCAGCUAUGGACCCCAUUAUAGAACCAACUCAGGAGCUGGCGAGGAUGAUGAAGGAGAUGAUGAUGAUGACUUAGAUUUGGAUAUUUCCUUUGAAGAGGUUAAACCACUUCCUGCUAUCAAAGGAGGGAAUAAGAAAUUGUUGGUAGAACCCCAUGUGGCACCUAUAUCGAACCCAAACACUGCUUCUAUGCAUGUGCCCCCUACCCCAGCAUCUCUCCCUAAUACAGCGGCUUUCCAGCCCACCCCUGUGGAGAAGAAAGGCAAGAAUAAUGUGGCUCUGAUGCCCAGGCUCUUUGAUAUGUCUUGCGAUGAAGCCCUCUGCCCUGCUGACAGUUUUUGUGUCAAUGACUACACCUGGGGGGGCUCAAGAUGCCACUGCAACCUGGGCAAAGGUGGUGAGAGCUGCUCAGAAGAUAUUGUUAUACAGUAUCCUCAGUUCUUUGGCCACUCUUAUGUAACCUUUGAACCUCUGAAGAAUUCCUAUCAGGCAUUUCAAAUUACUCUUGAAUUUAGGGCAGAGGCGGAGGAGGGCUUACUGCUCUACUGUGGGGAGAAUGAACAUGGGAGGGGUGAUUUCAUGUCCCUGGCCAUCAUCCGACGCUCACUCCAGUUCAGGUUUAAUUGUGGAACUGGGGUUGCCAUCAUCACAAGUGAGACCAAAGUGAAACUGGGGGCCUGGCACGUGGUGACGCUCUACAGAGAUGGUCUCAAUGGGCUGCUGCGGCUCAACAACGGCACUCCGGUAACAGGCCAGUCCCAGGGCCAAUACAGUAAAAUUACCUUCCGGACACCUCUCUACCUUGGUGGGGCACCCAGUGCAUUCUGGUUGGUCAGAGCAACAGGGACAAACCGAGGCUUCGAAGGCUGUGUUCAGUCCCUCAUCGUUAACGGGAAGAGCAUUGACAUGAGGCCCUGGCCCCUGGGGAAAGCACUCAGCGGGGCUGAUGUGGGGGAAUGCAGCAGCGGGCUCUGCGAUGAAGCCUCCUGUGUCAAUGGCGGCACCUGCACCACAGUGAAAGCUGAUGCUUAUAUCUGCCUCUGCCCCCUUGGAUUUAAAGGUCGACAUUGCGAAGACGCCUUCACCCUGGUCAUACCUCAGUUCAGAGAGUCGCUGAGGUCCUACGCUGCCACGCCCUGGCCGCUAGAGGCCCAGCACUACCUUUCCUUCAUGGAGUUUGAGAUCACAUUUCGGCCAGAUGCAGGCGACGGCAUCCUCCUGUACAGCUACGACACGGCCAGCAAGGACUUCCUGUCCAUCAACAUGGCAGGUGGUCACGUGGAGUUCCGAUUUGACUGUGGUUCUGGGACUGGUGUUCUCAGGAGUGAAGCCCCCCUCACCCUAGGCCACUGGCACGAACUGCAUGUAUCUCGCACAGCAAAGAAUGGUAUCUUACAAGUGGAUAAACAGAAGGUAGUGGAGGGAAUGGCAAAGGGAGGCUUCACACAGAUUAAGUGUAACACGGACAUUUUUAUUGGUGGUGUCCCCAACUAUGAUGAUGUGAAGAAGAACUCAGGCAUCCUCAAGCCAUUUAGUGGAAGCAUCCAGAAGAUCAUCCUGAACGACCGAGCCAUCCACAUGAAGCAUGACUUUACGUGGGGUGUGAACGUGGAGAAUGCAGCCCACCCCUGCGUGGGGGCCCCCUGCACCCACGGGGGCAGCUGCCGGCCCAGGAAGGACAGCUAUGAGUGUGACUGCCCCUUGGGCUUUGAGGGCCUGCACUGCCAGAAAGCCAUCACAGAAGCCAUCGAGAUUCCUCAGUUUAUCGGCCACAGUUACCUGAUAUAUGACAAUCCAGAUAUCCUCAAGAGGGUGUCAGGAUCAAGAUCAAAUGCAUUUAUGAGGUUUAAGACAACUUCCAAGGAUGGCCUAUUGAUGUGGAGGGGAGACAGCCCCAUGAGACCCAACAGUGACUUCAUUUCCUUGGGCCUUCGGGAUGGAGCCCUGGUGUUCAGCUACAACCUGGGUAGUGGUGUGGCGUCGAUCAUGGUGAAUGGCUCCUUCCACGAUGGCCGGUGGCACCGUGUCAAGGCUGUGAGGGAUGGCCAAUCAGGAAAGAUCACUGUGGAUGAUUAUGGGGCCAGAACUGGCAAAUCACCUGGCAUGAUGAGGCAGCUCAACAUCAAUGGUGCUCUGUAUGUGGGUGGAAUGAAGGAAAUUGCUCUACACACGAACAGGCAAUACAUGCGAGGCCUCGUGGGCUGCAUCUCUCAUUUCACCCUCUCCACUGAUUACCACAUUUCCCUCGUGGAAGAUGCCAUGGAUGGGAAAAACAUCAACACUUGUGGAGCCAAGUAACACCAGUUGGCCUUGCCCAAGGGACAGAGCCUUCUAUCCUGGGAAUCCCAGGGGGCCCCACGACCCUGCCUGAUGUCAUCCACAGAGGCACGGGGACCAGGUGUACUUCCUCUCAUCAAAGAGAAAGUAUACCCUGAUGAGAAAAAAGAACCAAGACGGGAAUUCCUGCGUGGCCUUUCCUGCUGACGCUCUGUGGGCCAAACCCAGCGGAGGAUUACUCAGUGGCGGAAGCAUCAGACUUUGUCCAUUGAAUGUGUAAUGGCUACUAGAGGUCACACAUCAAUGCAAAUUCCAGAGCCUGCCUGCAGUAGCUCCUUGACUGUGUUGUGAUUCAUAGUGUAAAAAAAAGAGAGAGGGGGGGGGGACCUGAAGGUCAGUAUUAAAACACUUCUCUCCUUCUCUGACUCAUGAUACUCUUCCUGACAGCAGAAUAACUGUGUGACCUUGAACCUCGAAUUUCUCACCUUGGCUCAUGAAUUAGAAUUAACCCAUUCUAGUCAUCACUGGCUCAAUGUGCUCUGACUAUUCCAUGAACAUGUGGACAUGGGGAAACUAGACAGAAUCAUAAUCAUAAUAUUGUGCCCUAAGGUUUACUUUCAAUGAGCAAUCCCUACUUUUUCUAACACAAAUCUAAGAAAAUAGGCACCAUGACUUUUUAGCUGUCAUUUUGUAUGUGUAUAUUUUUAUAGCUGAAGAUUGUCCACAAAGUAUACUUUUUCAAGUUUGGGUGGACAACCCUGAAUUCUUUGCACAUUUCCUAAAAAUUUUCUUCCAAAGGAGACAUGUUUGGACCCUUGGUGGUAUCUGUGGAAGCGGGUAGGUAAGUUGGGGUAGACGCUUUUCAGUAAAGCUGGUGGCUCAAGGAGAUGAAUAGAAGGCUUUUCGAAAUAAGCAGAUGAAAAGGAAACGUGUUACUGAGGCGGGUCACUACUGGUUUUGUUUUAAGAGCAAGCUUGAAUAAAGGAGAUGAAGAAGACUAAGUCCCAUUCAU